CCAUUCUGAAAUCAGUACAUUCGAGUAUAACGGUUUACAUCAUAUUCCCAUUUUGCCCUCCCCCCUCCUCCUAAUUUUCCCUCCCAUGCCACUUUCACCUUCCUCUCCCUAAGUCGAACCAACGCUCUCCCACUUCCACCUGUUUCUUCCCUCAAGCUUUUUUCCGCUGAAAGAAAAAUGAUUUCAUGGCACGAUCUCUACACCGUUCUCACGGCGAUGGUGCCGUUGUACGUGGCGAUGAUUCUGGCGUACGGCUCCGUCCGGUGGUGGAAGAUCUUCUCGCCGGAUCAAUGCUCCGGCAUCAACCGAUUCGUCGCAAUCUUCGCCGUUCCUCUCCUCUCCUUCCACUUCAUCUCCACCAACAACCCCUACGCCAUGAAUCUCCGCUUCAUCGCCGCCGACACGCUUCAGAAGAUCAUCAUGCUCGUUGUGCUCGGCCUAUGGGCCAGUCUUACGAAGAACGGUAGCUUGGAGUGGAUGAUCACGAUAUUCUCUCUCAGUACACUACCGAACACUCUGGUCAUGGGGAUCCCCUUGUUGAUCGCCAUGUACGGACCCUACUCCGGCUCGCUCAUGGUUCAGGUGGUGGUUCUUCAGUGUAUCAUAUGGUAUACUCUUCUACUUUUCCUGUUUGAGUAUCGUGGCGCCAAGAUUCUGAUCAUGGAGCAGUUCCCGGAGACGGCGGCGUCGAUCGUCUCCUUCAAGGUCGAUUCCGACGUCGUUUCCCUGGACGGCCACGAUUUCCUGGAGACGGACGCAGAGAUCGGCCAAGACGGGAAGCUUCACGUCACAGUGAGAAAAUCCAAUGCUUCGCGUCGGUCACUGAUGACGCCGCGGCCGUCGAAUCUGACCGGGGCUGAGAUCUACAGCCUCAGCUCAACUCCGAGAGGAUCCAAUUUCAACCACUCCGAUUUCUACGCCGUGAUGGGGUUUCCCGGCGGAAGGCUCUCAAAUUUUGGCCCAGCGGAUAUGUACUCGGUUCAAUCCUCACGCGGCCCGACUCCACGGCCCUCGAAUUUCGAAGAGAACAACGCAGUCAUCCCUUCCCCGCGGUUCGGGUUGAAUCCGAACAGUUCUGUUCCCGGGUCGUACCCGGCUCCGAAUCCGGAGUUCUCUUCCGGCGCGGCAGGUCCGAACAAAUCGAACAAAAACCCUACAGAGACCCAACAGCAGGAUAAUAACCAGAACAGCAACAAUGGUAACAAAGCGAGUCACGAUGCGAAGGAGCUUCACAUGUUCGUGUGGAGCUCAAGCGCUUCGCCGGUCUCUGACGUCUUUGGUGGUGGUGGAGGCGGUAGCGGCGCCGAAUUCCCCACAGUGGAGCUAUCCGAACGGUCCGAUCAGGGUGCCAAAGAGAUCCGGAUGUUGGUUUCGGAUCAACCCCAAAAGGGGGAAACCAAAGCCGGCGGCGACGAGUUUAGCUUCGGCGGGAGAGGAGAGGGCGAGGAAGAGAAAGAGAAGACGGGAGUGCUGAACAAAGUGGGUUCGAGUUCGACGGUGGAGCUACACCCGAAGGAGUCCGGAGGCGUGGAUGCCGGCGCCGGAAAACAUAUGCCGCCGGCAAGCGUGAUGACACGUUUGAUACUGAUAAUGGUGUGGAGGAAGCUCAUUAGAAACCCAAACACCUACUCCAGUCUGAUCGGCCUCAUCUGGGCUCUGGUUGCUUACCGGUGGCACGUGGCUAUGCCGAAAAUAAUAGAGAAAUCCAUCUCCAUACUCUCAGAUGCUGGCCUUGGAAUGGCUAUGUUCAGUUUAGGAUUGUUCAUGGCUCUCCAACCAAAGAUGAUCGCUUGUGGAAACUCUGUAGCCACAUUCGCAAUGGCCGUAAGGUUCCUCACAGGCCCAGCGGUGAUGGCUGCUGCUUCUAUCAUUAUAGGCUUGCGCGGCGACCUCUUAAGGGUAGCCAUUGUUCAGGCCGCAUUGCCGCAAGGAAUAGUUCCGUUUGUCUUCGCCAAAGAGUAUAAUGUGCACCCCACAAUCCUCAGCACUGCGGUCAUAUUUGGGAUGCUUAUAGCCUUACCCAUCACUCUCGUCUACUAUAUCCUUAUUGGUUUGUGAAUCGUUUGGCCAUGGAAUUACGCGAAGCCAAACGCCUUGGAUAAUGGGUUUUUCUCGGUCCCGAAAAAAAAAAUGGAGGAAAAAACUUUGAAUGGAAAGUGUAGAAGAAGAUAUGGGUUUGUUCGUUCCAAGGUUUUUGGAACACAACAAAAAUACCUAGGAUUUAGUGACGAAGAGCCCAUGAUGUAAGGAUCUUGCCCUCAUUAGGCGCCAGAAAAAAAAAAGAAAAAAAAGGCGUUUGGUCUUUUAUUUCAUUAUAGAUUCUGAUCAAGCAUGUGUUUGUGUGUGUAUUUAUUAAUUUUGUAAUGCAAUUGUUUUGACAUUUCUUAAUGCGUCGUAUAAUGUGAAACUAAUUUGUCAUU